CAUCACUGUUGCCCACAAGGGCAGGGCUUUAUCACCGUAUCAGCGCCCACAGAUCCAUCACGCCUCAACUCCUGGACGCUCCUGGAAACUUGAUGCGAUGGAGCGGCCAAAGGGAAGCGCUCGGAUCUCGCUUUUUCUUAGCCCAUCCACAUGAUUAUCCAUAGUGGCUGGCUUGUCUCAGUUCUCCUGGAACAUCUCAAUUUGCUGUCGGGCAGUCCACAAGUUGGACGGACAGCCCGUUUUCGUUUUGGCUGCAGAGUGCAGACUGGUGAUGAGGUCUUCUGGCCUGCAAGGUGCGCAAUGCUCGAACGAGAGUUUACCUAACCUUCUCCACGGUGAGGAGGAGACACCGGAUCCGGACCGAACAGCCAACACCCAUGCCCUUGCAAGGCAGCUUGCCGUCAGCCCGACCGAGGACAAGCGCCAGGAAGCUAGCUUUCAUCAUCAUCAAUCGUCUUCUUCCAAGACCCGAUCUGGGGAACGCGAAGAUAUCCCCCCAAACCAUCCAAGAUUUUCAACACGUGGGAGCCGUCGAAAAUUUUUCGGAUUCGGCGCACCGCCUAGGGUAACGUUAGCGUGCAUACGGAUUACACUACAGCACAACAAGGCACAAGCGCUCAAGCCAGCCUUUGUUGUACAGAAAAUUUGCAAGCUUUGCUUUCCCGCCGAGCAGAGCCCGAAGCGCGAGAGCACAAACUUUUGUUGGAGUCCACUGAUGCUCGGCGAGUCAUUUUUGAGGGGAGGUUCGAGAACACGGAAACAAAAACCUGGUGGUGCAGCUCGGGCUGGACAGUUUCGCCACAGCCCAUUGUCCUGGAACCCCCUUUUCCCGAGCCGGGGGAUGUGGGUGGUGCAAAUGCGAGGAACAGCAUGGAAACGCUCCUACCAAGAUUGCCCGACUGACAACCAGAGAGAACGCAUGGGACGAAUCGCUGACCGGACCGCUUCAUGAGGGCUUCGUGACAGAGACUCUGUGAGGUUCUCUUCGACGUGAUGUGAGUCAAGGGCGGCAAACUGUGGCCAGAUGAUGCGCCCCCCACGCCGGUGCCGCCUGAUCAGCCCUAGCUUUCGCGGCGCGAUCCCCGAUAUUGACAUGGGCGACGAACCAACAACUGCCC